AUGGGCACCACGACUGGCGCCGAUGCUGAGAUCCGCCUGCCGUCUGCCACCUCCUCCGCAUCCUCCUCCCUCGGACUCCCCUCGCCCCCAUCCAUCCGCCCGCCCACCAUCUCCCCUCCCCCCCCCGCCUCGCCACCCCCUUCCCUUCCGCCCCCUUCCCCUCCAGCCACAUCCCCGCCGCCCUCCCCACCUCCCCCGGCCCCCUCCCCUCCACCUCCCCUUCCGCCCGCGCCUGUGGUGGUGGCAGCGGGCUUGGCGAGUGGCGGGCAGGCGCAGGGGCUCGGGGAGGUGGGCAGGGAGGGGGCGGUGAGGGCGCGGCGAACAACGAGGGCGGGUCGUAGUGUUGAGGGGGCUGGGCGGAAAGGUGUUGGGGCGGAGAGCGAGGAGGGCGAGGAGGAGGAGGAGGAGGCGGAGGAUGAGGGGUUGAAGGGGAGGGCAGUGGCGCGCGGGCAUGGCGCAUGGGCGCGCAAGAAGAAGGGCCGCGGCAAGGGCGGGAAGAAGGCGCGGGGCGCGUGGGAGAGGCCGGGGGACGAGGAGGAGGAUUACGAGGAGGAGGGGGAGGAGGCGGACGAGGAGGAGCAGGGCGAGGAGGAGGACACGGGCAGACGCGCAGGGGGCGCCACGAGGCGAGGCAGCAGGAAGGCAGUGGCAGGGCGGCGAGCAGGGGGGGAGUACGGGGAGGAAGGGGAGGGGUUUAAAGGCGCAGUGGGGAGGGACAGGCUGUGGCAGCGCGGAGAUGGGUAUGGGCGCAAGGGGGGUGAGGGGGAGGGCGCGGAGGACAGCAGGUGGCGGUCCCAGCAGCAGCGGGGUGGGGAAGAGCGCUCGUGGGCAGCAGGGGCGGGCGCAGGGGGGCGGGGCUGUGGUCGCAGCGCAGCAGUGGGGCCCAGGCGGGAUGGCAGGGGGGUGACAGGGGCAGAUGGGCGCAAGGAGGGGGGACCUAUGGGGAGCAGAGCGCAGGGGCAGGGGGCCACACAGGACAAGAAGCCACCACGCAAGAUGGACUUUCUGCUGUUCAGCGGGUAUCGCAGCACCAUGGACACGUUUGUGGCUAUUGGCAACAUCCGCCCCAACCGCACGCUCACCGACCUCGACUGCUGGUGGCGCACGAAGAAGGGGUCGCGCCUGGCGGGGCGGGUGUCGGUGAAGCGCGUGGCGGAGAUGGCGCUGGGGCCCGCCGUCAUCAAGAGCCGUGGCAAGGGGCAGGAGCUGGCGGCGCUGCUCUUCUGCAUCCUGGAGGAGGAGGCCAACCUGCGCACGGGCGGAGCGCUGCGCAUGAGUGUCAACGGCGCUGAGCUGCUCGUGUACGAGGAGGACGCCAACCCCGGCUACAAGCUCAAGUUCGCUGCGGAGGAGACGCUGGUGUACGACGUGAUGUACUGCUCGCCGCCGCUGCAGCGCGAGUACGAGACGCUGCGCCUGUACCAGUGGGUGGAGUUCCACCGCAAGGUGCACCGCAUUGACUUCUUCCAGCUCUACGACGCGGGCGGCGUCACGGACGACUUCCUGGGCGUGGCGGAGUCGUUUGUGAACGAGCGCCUGCUGGCCGUGCUCGACAUGCGCAUGGCCGCCAAGCACGACCCCUUCAUGCACGGCCAGCUGCUAGCGGCGCACGACUGUCUGUACUUUGCGCGCACGACGGCGCGGUGGGCGCUGUUCCUGGACGUGGACGAGUACCUCUACGUGCCCGCGCCGCCACACUCCAUCCACGCCACGCUCGACAAGCACAAGCGCUCCACGUUCCUGACGGUGGGGUCGGUGCGCUACUUCACGGAGCGCUGUGCCGCGCCACCUGAGGGCGAGGAGUUCAACGGCUGGGAGGUGGAGCGCAUGGUCUUCUGCGACCCGCACCCCACGUGCUCCAACACCACCCUGCACGCCAACCGCAACCUGUGCCUGGGCAACGAGGGCGCGCGCAAGUACAUGGUGGACCCGCGCAAAACAUCCAUCAUUGCGGAGCACCGGGUGCUGGAUCCACGGGCAGGCGGCACGCACCUGGACACGGCGGAGGUGCGAGUGGGGCGCUUCCCCGACCUGCCCGUGCUGGCGCUGGAGCCGUGUGGCAAGGUGGUCAAGGAGGGCGACUGGAUCCCCCCCGCGUGGACGCGUGACACCGGCCUUGCCAAGCUGGCGGAGCGCGUGCGCCUCGACGACUCGCAAUGA